AUGCUGCCUAUAUCGACGGCGAUGAGCGCGAUCGUGCGGCGUACCUGUCGGACAUGGUCGCCUGCCGCGCCACUCACACGUUGGCUUACGACGACACCUGCAUUGCAUCAGAGCCGCGAGACAGAGGCACAGCCGGCCGCUGCUGCCACCAAGGAUGCACCAAGCAUGCCGGGAUGGACGCCGAUGUCUUUGCGCGUCGGAUUGAUCACACGGAAAAAGGGUAUGACGACCAUGUUCAUGCCUGAUGGAACGCGAGUGCCAGCGACAGUGCUGUACGUGGACUCGAACCAGGUCUCCAUGCAUGUACAGCGAGACGCGCCAUCGCAGGACGAGGCGCCAUACAUGGCCUUGCAAGUAGCGGCAUCGGAUGCACGUGAAAGCGCAGUAUCUGCACCGGUGCGGGGGCAUCUCUCGCGUGCGGGACUGGGUCCGAAGCGUGUGAUCAAGGAGUUCCGCGUGACGCCAGAUGCGAUGCUCCCAAUCGGAACACAGCUAUCAGCCGCGCAUUUUGUCCCUGGGCAGGAUGUGGAUGUGCGUGCCAUCACACGGGGGAAAGGCUUCGCGGGUGUCAUGAAGCGACACAACUUUGCAGGGGGAAAUGCAUCCCACGGUGCCUCGCUCGCGCACCGCACGCCCGGCUCCGUCGGAAACAAUCAAGACCCAGGUCGUGUGUGGCCAGGAAAGCGCAUGCCAGGCCGCAUGGGCGGUCACUACCGGACGGUGCAAAAUGUGCGCGUGCUGCGCAUUGAUGUGAAGAAUGAGCUGAUCUUUGUGAAGGGCCAAGUGCCAGGUCCUGAUGGGGGUGUGGUAUUCGUGCAAGAUGCACUCAAAAGUAUGGUCAAAAAUGCCUAUUUUAUGUACCGAAAAGGCGUAACGCCCAAGGGCGAGCUAUUGGAUCCUGCAAAAGGACCUGCCCAGUACUUGCCGCGUGGUCUGAUGGACCUUCCAUUCCCAGCAGGCACGCGUGACUUGGCUGCACAGCUACCAGAUGUGGUGGAAGUAGGUCCCUGA